UGCUUUCUUCUUCCUUAAAGUACCAUUUCCUGGCUCCUGCCUGAAGGUCACAGAACAGGCCCUGGGGAACAGAGAGGUACUCGGUCCCCUUCUGAAGAAAAAGUAGCCUGCAACACCAAAUGCUGCUCUGGAGCCCUGCGAGUUCGAUUUUUUCAAAUGAGAGCCUUUAAUUUUUGGAGGAGCCCAAAGGAUUAAAAAACCUUCAGGCCCCAGGCCUUCUGAAGGGAUGCUGAGGGAAGAGUCUGGGAAUUCAUUAUCAUGCAGUCACUUUCGAAGUGGAAGUUGUUAAAGACGUAGCCCGGCAAUGCGUUUAACUGUCGAAAUGGUGUUGAGAAAGUGCAGGGUUUCCUGUUUUGCACCUGCUGGCUAUAGAUAAGCGAAGCACGUCGUCCUGAACAGGAAAUCCACCCCAUAGCUGCUCUGUAGCCCAGCAGGAAGGCAGCAAAAAGACGCACACACCACACAUAUACACGAACACACGACCAAGUCAGAGACCCGAGGCAGGGCAACAGCUGUGGCAGCAUGUGUCAGCACCGGGAUGAGUUACUGGUGGUGGAGCUUUCCAGUUUUGCGUAAGUGCAAUGGAAGGCACAGUGGAAAAGAGCACCGACGUGCCCCUGGGGACCCUGGAGAGCAACCACCAUGGUGAGGAGGCAGAGGUGUUGGAGAGAUCCUCCGAGGAGAGGGUGAAAUUCGAUGACUCCGGUCUCUCCUCCCAGCUCCAGAGUGGCCUGGAUGCAUUACGCUUGGAAAACUCCCUCACGGAUGUGACGAUACAUGUCGAUGACAAGGAAUUCCCUUGCCACAGGGUUGUCCUGGCAGCAGCCAGCAACUACUUCAGGGCUAUGUUCUGUAAUGAUCUGAAAGAGAAACACGAGGAGAGAAUCCUUAUUAAAGGUGUGGAAGCAGAAACCAUGAAGAUUCUCCUGGAUUAUACCUACACAAGCAAAGUGCUCAUUACGAAGCAAAACGUGCAAAAAAUUCUUGAAGCUGCAAGCCUGUUCCAGUUCCUGAGAAUGGUGGACGCCUGCGCCAACUUUCUCACAGAAGCUCUCCUGCCAGACAACUGUGUGGGGGUCUUGCGCCUUGCCGACACUCACUCUCUGAGCGGCCUGAAAACGCGCGUCCAGAACUACAUCAUCCAGAAGUUUCCACAAGUGGCGGCCUACGAGGAGUUCCUGGAGCUGCCGGAGGACGUGCUCUGCCACAUCCUGCAGAGGGACGAUCUGUGCGUGACGGAGGAGGAGCAGGUGUUCGAGACGGUGAUGGGCUGGGUGCGGGCGCGGGAGAGCGAGAGGCUGCCCCUGCUGCCCCACGUCCUCCAGCACGUCCGCCUGCCCCUGCUGGACCCCUGGUACUUUGUGGAGAGAGUGGAGGGGGAUGGCCUGAUUCGGAGGUGCCCUGAGGCCUUCCCCCUCUUGCAGGAGGCACGGAUGUACCACCUUUCUGGAAACGAGGUCAUUUCGGAGCGCACAAAACCCCGAGUGCAGGAGUUUCAGUCGGAGGUGUUCAUGAUCAUCGGCGGCUGCACAAAGGAUGAGAAGUUUGUUUCGGAGGUGACCUGCCUGGACCCCCUGCGCCGGAGUCGCCUGGAGGUGGCCAAGCUGCCAAUCACAGAGAUGGAGACAGAAUCUGAGAACAGGAAAUGGGUGGAGUUUGCCUGCAUCACUUUCAGGAAUGAAGUGUACAUAUCAGGUGGAAAGGAGACCCAGCAUGAAGCAUGGAAGUAUAACGCCUCCCUGAACAAGUGGAUCCAAAUUGAAUACCUUAAUACGGGCCGCUGGAGACACAAAAUGGCUGUCCUGGGAGGGAAAGUCUAUGUGAUAGGUGGCUUCGAUGGCAUUCAGAGGCUGAACAGCAUGGAAACAUAUGACCCCUUUCAUAACUGCUGGACUGAGGCAGCCCCACUGAUACUGAAUGUGAGCUCCUUUGCAGCUACAAGUUACAACAAGAAACUGUACGUGAUUGGAGGGGGUCCAAAUGGCAAAUUGGCCACAGACAAAACACAGUGCUUUGACCCUUCAACAAAUAAAUGGACCUUCAAGUCACCUAUGCCUACUGAGGCCAAGUGCACAAAUGCUGUGACCUUCAAGGACCACAUCUAUGUAGUCGGUGGUGCAAUGAAGGCUCUGUACUGCUACAGCCCCCUGGAGGACUCCUGGAGCUUAGUCACAAGGUUCAGCCACGAGAGAGCGAGCUGUGGCAUCGCCGCCUGCAGCAACAAGCUCUUCAUCACGGGGGGCCGGGAUGAGAAGAACGAGGUUAUCGCCACGGUGCUGUGCUGGGACCCAGAACUGCACAAGCUCACUGAAGAGUGCGUUCUGCCUCGCGGAGUGUCUCACCACGGCAGCGUGACCCUCCGGAAGUCUUACACCCACAUCCGCAGGAUCGUGCCCGGAGCUGUUUCCGUAUAAACUUCAUAUGCAGUCCGAUUCGGGAAACUGACUUUUCCAAAAGCUCCGCAAACAGUGCGCAAAACGUACUUUACCUCGAAUUCCUCUUUACCUCAGAUUGACGCAUAAUGCCAUGUUAACUGCAAAGGAUCAGAAGCAUGUUGCCCCCGUUCUUAAGGUAUCUCAAUAUAAUAGACGUUCACCCUUUGUGAACCCUUGAAUUGGAAACAGUCCUAGUUCUACGGAAAACGUCUGAAGAUUUAUUUGACAUGUAUGCUUUUUUUAAAAAAAAACUACAAAGUAUGAGAUUUAUCACAGUUGUCGAAGUUCAUGCUGUCUGUGGACUGCUGAAAAACAGCUCGGCUAAGCAGACUUCCCUCCUUCCGAUUGCCUUCCCUCCUUCAUGUUACUGUGUGGCGACAAGUAACUGACAUAUGGUAGGAGUCAAAUAGAUGUUGGACCCUAAACGAAUGGGGUAACUAACUGAUUCCAGGCAUAAAAGAUUGGCUUUUACCAUCGUUUUAUAUUUCAGUUACUGAAGCUCAAAGAAUAGUCUGUUCCCCUGUCACGGCUGUAUUUACCAUACUGAUUAUGGUUUUCAGGCAAGAGAUAAGUUGCAAUCAUAGCCUUACUGACAAAAAUAAUGAAAUCUGAUUUAGCUAGCAAUCCAUCAACAACACUGUAUUUUAAGGUCUUUCAGUAUUAACCUGUAAUUUUUUUUUAUAAUUAAGUUCAAUUGCUGGCCUAGUUACAAAGGUUAAUCAUUUUAAAGGCAAUAAUUCCCCAAACAUUUGUCAUCUGUGCUAAAGUGGUAGAAAACUGUUCCUCACAGGCCAGGAUCAUUGGUCGAUUUCCAUUAUAUAUGACUUGAUAAACAAAUAUGUAACGAUCAAUUAAAGAAUACCAACUAAUUGAGAAAAGAACGAUCAAAAAGCACACCUUCAAUACACUAUGAGAAAUGGAAUCACUUACCUUAUCUGUACCAUCUGGCCUGUAGGCAGGACAUUUCAGAUUUGUAUUUUCCUUAUCUAAACAUAGUGGAUAAAUAUUGACCUUCAGUGCAUGUCUGAAGUGUUCUCCAAUAUGUAACUACAAGCAGACUUGAAUUGUGAUUUGCUUUGUACCAAGGCUGAAAUCUCUAAUCCCCUCAUAAAUAUAAA